AUGACAAACAUUGGAGGUAACUAACUAUAUCCAUUUCGCAUUCUGUAUAACUAUGUUGCAUAGGUGCUUAUAGGUAUAAAUAUGCAUAUAACAAGGUGACCUCUCUAAGUCCCACAAGCCUUUUACGCUAACAGCUACCGAACUCCGGCACCCCGCCAAUCGAUCUUAGUUAAUCCUCCAGGGCUGUAUCCUGCAUUUCUACUCCAUAAUUCCAAACGCUUUGUCGCGUUUCUACUUGACAUCUUUAUGUAACGCGUCAAGCUCUAGACCCUGAUCCCCAAUCCCCAAUCCCAAAAGUUCAAAUACUAUGUCACUAACUCCUGUACCCCUGACCUCAUCGCCUCUAUCGUCCAUUAACUCAUAUGCGACAGCAACCGCGUCUCCGCAGAAUCAUUUGGGCACUAAUACCCCCAUGGAUCUCAGCACUCCCGUCGAAGCUGAUGAUACUACUAAUACUACCAUUGAAUCAUUUGCCAAAGCCAGCAAGCUACCCUUAGAGCUUAAGACUCAUUGCCAAGUCUAUUUGGAGGAAAACCUUUAUCUCAUUACUCUAAAUCUUUUAAAUAGUCUAUUGUCGUCAACUUGCCAUAAUGCAGAUGACACUAGUUAUUGCCCUUCCACAAGCCAGUUGUCGCUGAUUAGCAGUGCCAUCGUCCACCCAAAGUUCACAACCAGGCCACGGGAAGAAGGCUGGGAUGAAGUAUCUGCUGAAUCCCUCAUCUAUUUGCGCGGCCUUCUCGCCCGCCUUGGCCCUAUCAAUGGCCGCUUCAAGGAGGCCUUUCGCUUCAUAACUGUGUCGCGCCACAACUCCCCCGAAUAUAAUUCUGGGGAUGAUUCUAAUCAUAGUACCGAUGAUGAUGGCGGCGAUGCCACUUAUGCGCAUAUAAAACGCAGCUACCACCUGGACAGUCUCUGGCGACGAGGACAAGACUUCUUCCAUGUUGUUGGUUGGGCCUUCAACUGCUCUGUCCUCUACCCGAAUCGCUGGCGGCAUUGGAAGAAUUGGCUCAAGUUCAUGCUUGACUUACUAGAGCAGGAUUUGGCCGAGCGUCAUAAACUCGACAUGGAAAGUGGCAAGCCUGAUUAUCCGAUGCUUAGCAAUUCUAUUCUUGCGAGCUACGUUAGUCAGCGUUCCGGCCGGUCUACAGGGGGGUUGAAGAUAAUCAUGGAGGCCAUAUUCGCGGAUGGGAGUGUAACGGCGAGUUCCCAUUUUCAAGAAAUAUGGGUAAAAGAGCAUAAAGAAGCCCCCCAAGAUGCUGCGAAGAAGAGGAAGCGCGAAACAGUGAACAUUGAAAAGGGUAACUUUGGGGGCUAUCUUGACGACGAAUCCGUCUACUCUUCCCAAACAUCGGAACCUCCAACGCCACAAAAACGCAAAACUCAUUCGGGUAAUUUGCGUGAUUCAGAUUUUCAAGCCUUGGAACCCGCCUAUGUGGAAUCUAUCCCCUUGCGGCAACGUCUUUUCUCCUUGUUGUCAUACCUUUGUCACUAUCUCCCUAGCCCUAUGCUUGAUUUUUCGGAUCUAUAUCAGAGAUACGAGAGGACGGUAAAAUCGCUACCACUACCUAUCUUCACCGCGUUCGUAGACAAUACGAGCUCUGCCCUGAGAUUAGAGUCGCAAGUAUCUACACUCCAAGGCAUAACGCUACUUUUGAUGCCCGCGUCAGCUUUAUCGCCAGCUAAAGUUGACCGUACGUGGCAAGAUGCAGAUGGGCUCACAUCUGAGAUUCUUGAGCGUUGCUUUCUCCCCUACCCUGCUAACACCAUUGCACUGGAAGAUAAUGCAAAGGUAUCGAUACUCUUAGAGAAUAUGCUACAGAUUAUGUGGCGCGAUUCAACUGAUAAGUUUGGUCAGGGCCUUAGAAUGGCCACAGAGAAGGGCAUUGCGGCGAGGGAUGCCAAGGUCAAGAGAAAGAAGACUUCAGCGCGGGGAAGAAUUCAUAUAGAAGAUCCCGAUGUGGAAGCCCGUGCCGUACUGGAGAUGUCUGGCCAAAGGUUGGUCACACUUGUUGAUCUAAUUGAAGCAGAUGAUGAAGUUUUGGAAGAAAUUGAAGUAGAGCCAAUGGACGAAGAUGGGGAGGACGAAGAAAGUAAUGAAGACGAUAAAAUCUAUUGUCUCUGCAGGCGCAAGCAGUCGGGUGACAUGAUAGCAUGUGACAACAGCACCUGUCCAUAUGAAUGGUUUCAUUGGAGAUGCGUCAAGCUCAAGUCAGUACCCGAAUUCAUGUGGCUGUGCCCAGACUGUUCGAAAGCCUCGAACGGGCGCGGAAGUAAAGCAGCAGAAUCUGCGAGAUGAAGUAGAGUUUCAAAAACUGAUGCACCGGCACUGAAAACUUUUGUCUUUAAUAGGGCCGUUUAAACGGCCAUAAUGGGAAUAGCCUGUCUGCAUGAGCAUGAUAAUUUUACACUUGCUAUACAUAAUAACAUAACACAGCGCUGCGCCAGCUGCGGUCAUCUAAAACACCCCAACACAA